AUGGCAUUCUCCUUACAAUCCCUUUCACUCCUAGCUUCGUUCACGCUGUUGCUCGGCUACCUUCUUUACCAGAAGCUACUGCCCAAGCCCAUACCUGGCAUUCCCUACAACAAGACCUCAGCGCGUCGUCUGCUCGGAGAUGUUACCGAUGCUUUGGCACAUUACGCAGAGACCGGCGAGGUAAUUUCUUUCUUGUGUAAACGAUGUGUCGAAUUGGACUCUCCUGUUGCACAAGUUUUCAUGCGACCUUUUAGUAAACCAUGGGUUGUACUAGUCGACGGCCGGGAAGCGCAAGACAUUAUGACCAGACGAACGCGCGAGUUUGACAGGUCGGACUUCUUUCGAGAAUUAUUCAUCUCCCUCACGCCCGUAGAACAAGGGGUUCUUCCCACCAACGACCAAUGGCGUUUCAAUCGCAAGCUCAUGGCCGAUGCCAUGAAACCCGAGUUCUUGAACAAUGUGGCAGCCCACAUGGUCCACGAAAACGUAUUACACAUGAUCGCUCUGUGGAAAGAGAAGGCUAGGUUGGCGCAAGGCCGUCCAUUCAGUGCAUCCGAAGAUCCUCAAAUGUGUACUGUUGACACCAUUUGGGCGGCGACCUUUGGAUUCUCGCUCGAGACGAGCAAGACAUAUGCGGAUCAGCUGGCCAAAAUACAAAGUAUUGAUCUACCGCCAAUCGACUCGGAUGAGGUUGUGAAGAUGCCUGCUGCGCAAUUGCCAGAAAUGUAUCACCACGUGAAGCUGAUAACCCAAAAGUUCGCGGUAAACUUUUAUCCUUCGAUGCGCAAAGCGAUCAGAGUCAGAGAUAAAAUGAUCCGUGCCAGGAUCGAGCAGGCCUGGAAACUCUACGAAAAUGACCAGAGCGGGGAAGGAGAGGCGCGUAUAAAGUGCGCACUGGAUUUGAUCGUCGAGCGAGAGACAUCGCUUGCGAGGAAAGAUGGACGGAAGCCUGAUCGGCACUCUCAAGUGCUGUUCGAAGAAUUGUGUGGUUUCCUAACUGCGGGAUUUGAAACCACCUCCACGACGGUAACUUGGGGCCUGAAAUACCUGACGAAGCACCAGGACGUGCAAGCUAAGCUGCGAGAGAGCUUGAAGCAUGCGCAUCAACAAGCCUGGGACGCGGGUCGUUCACCCUCUGCGGAAGAGAUCGCGAAAAUCGAUUGUCCGUAUCUGGAGGCUUUCAUAGACGAAGUCAUGCGACACAGUGGCAUAGUGUCCGGCAAUAUAAGAGUGGCGACUGUGGACGCGCCAUUACUCGGGUAUAUCAUUCCCAAGGGCGUGGACGUUUUUAUGCCAACCAUGGGACCGAGCAUGCUCUCACCGGCCUUUCCUGUAGACGAGGAAAAACGCACCGCGACAAGCCGGGAAUUCAAAGGCGAUGCAGAUCGAUGGAACGAACGCAAGGACAUGGCAGAGUUCCUCCCCACUCGUUGGCUAAUCACCGACGAGAACGGCAAAGAGUCAUUUGAUAGACGGGCUGCUCCGUUACAGACCUUUGGCGCAGGCAUCCGAGGAUGCUAUGGAAAGCGACUUGCGUAUCUCAAAAUGCGGCAGAUAUACACUUUGAUCGUCUGGCACUUUGAGCUUUUGCCUCUUCCAGAGACACUGGAGGAUUUCAAAGGAAGAGACAUCCUUACUCAUGCUCCGCAGAAUGUGAGGGUGAGAUUGGCACCAGUGCAUCCAACUCGAUGA